UCUCAUUUCAAAGACUGCUGGGUAUCCAUAUUUUUUUCUAGUCUGGAAACUUGAAUUUGUUUAGUACACAUUGAAAGAUGUUGACAUAACUUUCUAUCUUCAUCAACAUAUGAAAACUCAUUUAAGUUUACACAAAGAAUUUGAUGUUACAGAAAUCGAAGUGAGAAAAACAUGGAAAAAGACCAACAGCAUAACAGCUUAGAACCAGCAAAAGCAGUUCCAGAAGAGGGUAUUUCUGAGACUGACAUAACUUCUUAUACAUGUACAUCAAUCAUUCCUACACUAAAGCAAAAGGAUGGGAAAUAUCAGUGUACAGUUUGCCAAAAGUUCUUUCUAAAACACACAAUCGGCCGGCAUAUCAAGUCAUUCCACGCUGGUGGUAAAACGCAUGUAUGUAAAAUUUGUCUGGAAGUUUUUAGUCAAAAGUAUGAUCUUACAAUUCAUACAAAAACCGCACAUUCAAAACCAAAGUACACAUGCAAUAUUUGUGACAAAACUUAUGUGCACAAGAGUUCAUUGAUUAGACACACAGAAUGCCAUUCUGGUACAGAAUUUCUGUGUAAAAUUUGUAAAAAAAUAUUCAAAUCAAGUUGUAGUCUUAAAAAGCAUUGUAUUUUACAUGGAAAAGAGAAAAAAUAUAUAUGUGGUGUGUGUGGAAAUAAAUUCAUUGGAACACAUUAUUUAAAGACUCAUAUGGCGUCACAUUCAAAUGACAAACUUAGGGAAUGCACAGUAUGUAAUAGAAAAUUUUGUACUAUUGCUCAAUGUAAAACACAUGAAGAAAAAGUGCAUGCUGGGAAUAUAACAUUUACUUGUCCAGUCUGUAAUAAAUUUUAUUUCGAAUCUUAUCAAUUAAGAAAUCACAUGAAAAAACAUUCUGUUGCUGAAAAGAAACCUGGUUAUAAAUGUGGCACGUGUGGCAAAAGUGUAACAAGUCGUGUUUCAUUAAAAAAACAUGAAUUAAGACAUUUAGGAGUUAAAACUCAGUGUGAUAUAUGUGACAAGGUUUUUAGUGACUAUUAUACAUUGCAUGCCCAUAAAAGGUUGAAACAUACUUUCGACUUCAAUUUUAAAUGUCAGAUUUGUGGCAAAGGCUUUGUCUCCAAAACUAAUUAUAAACAACAUCAAGUGAGGCAUCUCAAGAUUAAAAAACAUCAGUGUAAUUUCUGCCGGAGAAAGUUUUUGUUUAAGCUUAGUUGCGUAGGACACAUGAAAAUGAAACAUCAUGACGAAUAUUUUGCUGGUAGAAUGUCUGAUCUUCAUGAAUGUGAAUUUUGUGGGAGAAAAUUCUUGUAUUUAUCACAAAGAAAUGAACACAUCAAGAUACACACUGGACAUAGACCGUUUAUUUGUAAAUUUUGUAGUAAAUCGUUUAGGACACAACAAACUCUUGCCCUUCAUGAGAAAAGACAUACAUAUCCCUUCGAGUGUGGAAUAUGCCAUGCACAAUUUAUUCAAAAGCAUCUGCUUUUAAAACAUUUAAAAAUACACGAAGAUACUACUAACAGAGACAAUCAGGAACAAAAUAUCCAUUUAGAAAAACAAACAAGAUUUGGUCAUAAUUUUAUUAAAACUGAGGCCAAUAAUUGUUCAGACUCAUUAAAUGAUGAAAAUUCAACAGGAGCAGUGCAUGAACAAAGUCAGUUUAGAAUAACCAGUCAACUUUUCACGAAAAAGCAUGCAUCAAUGGAAUUAAGCUUCAGUGAUGGCCACAUUCAAGAUGGGAUUCAACCAACAUCUGACAUUGUGCCAGCAUCCUGGACAGAAGGAAUAAUCAUCGAGGAAAUGAAUGAGAUUAAACCAGAAAUCACAGACAAAAUUAAGGAGGAAGUGAAAACAGUUAAAUCAGAGAAAAAAGAUCAACUUAUGAAUGAACAAAGUACAUUUCUUAAUGAUGAUCAUAGAUCGGAAACAGGAUGGUCACCUACAUGUAGUACUAGGUCCAUUUUGAAAGUAGAACACAUUCCACAGCAGAGUAUUUCAAACCAGUUGAGUGGUAAUGUUUUAACAAUGACUAAAAUUGGAUCGGUGAAGGUGAAUGCUGAAGAUCUUCAGAAAAUACUCAAUAGGGGAAAUAUUUUGGAUAUUAUAAAAUCUCAGACACAAACGGAUUUAAAAUGAAUUGCAUAUAUACAAGAGCAAGGACAUAUAACUAACAUACAUCCUUGACAAGAGUUAGUUGAUUAUAUUAUCUAUUUAUUAAAUUUUGUAUUUUUCUCA